AGUUUACCGUAGUAGCAUGUCUAUUUUUUUCUUCUAAAUAAAUAUUAUUAUUUAUUUAACUGAAAAUAAGUUUGUUAUAUAUGUUCUAACUAUUCUCCAUUUCUUUGUUUUGUGAAUUGGUUUAAUUCUCUUAUAGGAAUGUAGAAACUUGAAUUUUCUGAAAAAGAAAAGUGUUUUGAAUUUUUCUUUGCAAAUUUUUAUUUCCACAUUUAUUGAUAGUUUAGAAAAUCUCUAAUCAUAGCUUGAUUUUGCUAAAAUAUACAUCAUGUGGUUUUUGCUCAAUGUUGACUUUAUGUCAAUUGUUUAUCUAUGUAAUUUCAUUCCAUCAAAGUAAAUUCUAUGGUAUUGUUAAGGUGGAGUUUUUGAUCUUUGAUUGGAUCUUACUAAAAAUUUCAGAUACUUCUAAGGUACGAAUAUCCUAAAAGUAUCUGAUACGUGUUCGACAAAGAUAAUUUUAAGGUACGUAUCAGAGAAUAUCCUAAAAGCAUCUGAUACAUGUCUGACACAGAUACUUCUAAGGUACAUAUCGGAGAAUAUCCUUAUAGUAUCUGAUACGUGUCUGACACAGAUAUUGCACCUAUUUUGCAGUAUCAUCGAAGUUUGAUAGAUCAUAAUGGCACUAGCUCCAAUUCCGAAAGUUUUUCUAGGUUCAAUUGCCUUUGCAAUCUUUUGGAUCUUAGCAGUUUUCCCAGCUGUUCCAUUCCUACCAAUUGGUAGAACAGCAGGUUCCCUUUUAGGUGCAAUGCUUAUGGUAAUAUUCCGAGUUAUUAGUCCGGAUCAAGCUUACGCUGCGAUCGAUCUACCGAUCAUCGGUCUUCUUUUCGGUACAAUGGUUGUUAGUGUUUAUCUUGAAAGAGCAGAUAUGUUUAAGUACAUAGGAAAAUUACUUUCUUGGAAAAGUUUAGGAGCAAAAGAUUUACUUUGUAGAAUCUGUUUGAUUUCUGCUUUGUCAAGUGCACUUUUCACAAAUGAUACUUCUUGUGUUGUUUUGACUGAAUUCAUAUUGAAAAUUGCAAAACAACAUAAUUUACCACCACACCCUUUUUUACUUGCACUUGCUUCAAGUGCUAACAUUGGUUCUUCAGCUACACCAAUUGGUAACCCUCAAAAUCUUGUUAUAGCUGUUCAAAGUAAAAUUUCAUUUGGUGAUUUUUUGUUUGGUAUUCUUCCUUCUAUGCUUUUAGGAGUUGUUGUGAAUGCUUUGAUUCUUAUAGUUAUGUUUUGGAAGUUAUUAUCUAUUCAUAAAGAUGUUGAGGAUCCGGUUUCGGAAGUUGCGGCUGAAGAAGAGGUUAAUUCUCAUCAGUUUUCACCUGCUACUAUGUCUCAUUAUUCAUCAAUUAAUAAUUCUCAAGAGUUGAAUGGUUAUUUAGAUUCUUCUAGUGUUCAAAACUCUCCUCAAGUUCUACGAAACCGAUUAGUUUCGAGCGAUAGUGAAAUACAAAGGGUGGUUGGUAGUGUACUUGAUUCGGCUAGAAACUCAAUGGCGUCAAAGGAAGGGACUAAUGACUUGGAUUCUUCUCAAACAAAGGAGGAAACUAAUCCGACGAAAACUGUUGUGGACAUGGAUCGAACUAUGGAAGGACAUCUUUUGAUGUCUUCGGACGAAAAGGACUAUAUAAGCGCGAAUUGGAAACGUUUAUUGUGGAAAACUUGUGUUUAUAUGAUCACAUUAGGAAUGUUGAUUGCAAUGCUUCUUGGUUUGAAUAUGUCAUGGUCUGCAAUUUCAGCUGCAUUAGCUUUGGUUGUUCUUGAUUUCAAAGAUGCUAGGCCAAGCUUAGAAAAGGUUUCAUAUUCACUUUUGAUAUUCUUUUGUGGAAUGUUUAUCACAGUAGAUGGAUUCAACAAAACUGGAAUUCCAAGUGCUCUAUGGGAUUUAAUGGAGCCUUAUUCUAGAGUUGAUCAUUCUAGUGGAAUAGCAAUACUUUCACUAGUUAUUCUUGUCUUAUCAAAUUUGGCUUCAAAUGUACCAACUGUACUAUUGCUUGGAGCUAGAGUUGCAGCCUCAGCUUCUGCAAUUUCACAAGAAGAUGAGAAAAAGGCAUGGCUCAUCUUGGCUUGGGUCAGCACCAUAGCAGGAAAUCUAUCACUACUGGGAUCGGCCGCAAACUUGAUAGUUUGCGAACAAGCUCGCCGAGCACCGAACAUUUCAUACACAUUAACCUUCUGGAGCCAUCUGAAAUUUGGCCUCCCUUCAACUCUCAUAGUCACUGCUAUUGGUUUGACACUCAUAAGAUGAUAAGAAUUUGUUGAAGUCCAAAAGGUUCAUGUUGUAGAAAUUCACACAGGCAAAACCAGUUUCUUGAUAUACAAGUUAAAGGGUAUAUGAGAAAAUUUAUGUAUUUGUAAAUGAAUACUGAGUUUUUAUGUAUUUUGAGCAUUUGUGUCAAAUAUGUAAAUGAUUGUGAUGAUUUUGAGUUGACAAGGAUUGAUUUCAAAUUUCAACUUUGUAUAGCAUUAAUUGUUUAAAUAA